AUGUGUGAUAAUACAGUAGCCGACGAAGAAAAUAAUAAUACUGAUCUUCAAUUAAAUAAGCAAAAUGAAAGUGAUGAAAAUAAGGAGGAAAAUACAACUACCGGAAAAAAUCAUAUUAUGAUGAGAAUAAAGAAAUAUAGUAGUGGGUUUUCAGGAGAUAUAGCUAUGGAGGCCGUGAGGAGGGCAUCCAAAAUUAUAGCUGAAAAAGAGAGAAUUCAAAAAGUGUAUAGCGGAGUUGGGUUAAAAAACCCUAAACAAGCUUCUGAACAAAAUGACCAUUUGAAUUAUGAUACAACAGUUGAUGUAGACGAUAAUACACCCAGCCUUAAUACGACUCCAUCACAAAAGAAAUUCUUGUUAGGGGCAAAGGCAGUUUUGCCAGGGGAUAAUCAGGAAUUAUUGGAGAAAUUGAAAAACAGAAAAAUUUAA